GAAUAUUUAGAUGCGUCGCCUUUAAGUGGUGUUGGGUGUAGGCUGUGAAACUCAAAGCGAAGCUGCGGAGUCUAACUACAUAAACACAAAACCGCGUUUGAAGAAAAUUAACUUUUGACGGAACAUUGAGACACACAGUCCAAACAGAUUCGGCGGGGCUGGAGGGCUGGAUGCUGUCGUCAUGGUGAAGGAUGUUCCGGAAAGUCAAAAAGCGCCACAGCAGCAGUAGCUCGCAGAGCAGUGAGAUCAGCACCAAAAGCAAGUCUGUGGACUCCAGUUUGGGAGGCCUCUCCAGAUCGAGCACCGUCGCCAGCCUCGAUACAGACUCCACCAAGAGCUCAGGUAACAGUACAUCUGACACUUGUGCCGAGUUCCGGGUAAGGUAUGUGGGAGCCAUUGAGAAGUUACAGUUUAACAUGAGCAAGACCCUCCAGGAACCUUUGGACCUCAUCAACUAUAUUGAUUCUGCUCAGCAAGACGGAAAGCUGCCCUUCGUGCCUGGAGACGAGGACAUGAUUCUGGGAGUGUCCCAGUACGGCGUCAAAGUGGCCUCGUUGGACCAGUGUGAUGUGCUGCAUCGCCACCCUCUGUACCUGAUAGUGCGUAUGCUGUGUUACGACGAUGGCCUCGGUGCAGGGAAGAACCUCCUUGCUCUCAAAACCACCGAUCCAAAGCAAGAAGAGUGCAGCAUUUGGGUGUACCAGUGCAGCAGCUCUGAGCAGGCUCAGUCCAUCUGCAAAGUGCUGUCGGCUUCCUUUGACUGCGCACUGACAUCAGACAAGUCCUGAGGCCAGCGAGAUGGACGGCAGCUGAGAUCUGUCUAGAGGAGAAGUGAAACAACUGCAAAUGCAACAACAGUUACUAAGAAAACCACCAUAGCUGCCAAAAAAUUGUGACAAUUUCCCUUCUUUUUCCAACUGUUCUUUGCGAUCUUUCACAGAGGUUAAUUGCAGGGCAAAUCCGCCCUGAUUCUCUGUGUUAGUUUGAAGGAAAACAUGAUUCAAGCUUUUGUAAUUACGGCAAAGUGUCGUGUUCGGUACGGUCACCUUCCCACCAUUCUCCAUUUGAGACAGAACUACUGUGAAUUUGUCUGAAUCAUUUCCUCUGGAAUUAGUUUCCUUCACCUCACUUGUUUCUUCAACCUUUUAAAAUAAAGUGAAGAGCAAAGAGUUAAGUUUAGAAAGGAGGGAAACCGUCGCAUGAAAAACAAAAACAACCCUUGGAACACAGUGCACAGCUUUGAGCAGUGUGAUGUAAAUGACUCCUAUUUAAUAUAAAUUAUGGUACAAAAUCAUGAUUUUCCAACCCAUCUCCACCCAGCUGUGUCAGCAUAUGGUGAUUCAUGGAAGACAUUAAUCAGUGGAGAAACAACACGGUACAAACAUUUGAAGACGUAUACAACACAGUCUGGUUCUCUUCAUUGGGAAAUCACUCGGAUCUCUGUUGAGGUUUAGAAAUAUUAUUGUGUGUUUUGUUUUUGAAAAACAGUAUUGGUACAAUAGCAGUGACUGACUGGAAGGUACGGUAUAAAGAGGCUUUAACUUUGUCACUUGAAUGAGACGAGUCUUAGCUUUUUCUUAAUACGUGGGAUUUACCCAUUUUUAAUGACUGUUUUGACUUUUACAUUCUCUUGUUUCAAAUUUCUUUACACUGCAAAUUUCUUGGUACCAAAAACUUGGUUUAUUUUCUGAUUUGUUUACUCCUAGUUUUUAUGUAGUGAUUAAAUAUGCAUUCAUUUCAUUAGAUUCGCUGACACCAGAGGAAUAUCAAUUGGCUGUAAGUAACAUUACAAAGAUUUCUGAGGAAAACAAACAUGUUUACAUUUGUGGUACUAACUUGGCUUCACCUUGUACAUAAUAAUAACCCAGUGUCUCCUCUUUCACCUUGGUCCAGUUAAGAUUCAGUUGAAAAGGUGACAUUAAGGUAAUGAAAGAAUUUGAUCUGGUCCAGUAAAAGAGGGGAAAAGUUUUGUUUUGAUAAGUAUUUUACUGAUUAAAGUGUAAUUUCUCCUUUC